UCGUUUCGGCUCGGCAACGCACGGAAAGGAUAGGAAAGACCUGCAUCCAAACGGAGCUACUAAAACCCUAACCCCAGAAAUAGCCGAUUCUGCGCCGUCUUUCAUAUAUUAAGAACAACAUUCGUUCGCUGGUCGGAGGAGAGAGAGAGAGUGAUCGAGACGGCCGCCGGAGAGCCCGUCAACAAUGUCGAAGCGAGGUAGGGGAGGUUCCGCUGGGAACAAAUUUAGGAUGUCGCUAGGUCUACCUGUGGCGGCUACAGUGAACUGUGCUGACAAUACAGGAGCUAAGAACCUUUAUAUCAUUUCGGUGAAGGGGAUCAAGGGCCGCCUCAACCGUUUGCCAUCAGCUUGUGUUGGUGAUAUGGUCAUGGCGACAGUCAAGAAGGGAAAACCUGACCUCAGGAAGAAGGUGCUACCUGCUGUUAUUGUUAGGCAGCGCAAGCCAUGGCGCCGAAAGGAUGGUGUCUUCAUGUACUUUGAAGAUAAUGCUGGUGUCAUCGUGAACCCCAAAGGAGAGAUGAAGGGUUCUGCUAUCACAGGUCCAAUUGGAAAGGAAUGUGCUGAUCUCUGGCCCAGAAUUGCAAGUGCUGCUAAUGCUAUUGUUUGAGUGUGUCAAAUCAAGUGAAUUGAUUUUGUUUUUAUCCUUCGAUAGACUAGGAUUUUAAGAUUCGAUUUCAUUCUGGGAUUAACUUAUUUUAUCUCGAGAAAAAAUUAUCGUUAAGAGUUUUGGUUGAUAUUAUAUUUAUGCCUCAGAUUUGAUUUCUAGAAACCCAUCCAAACUACUUCUAUCAGUAUGCCUGCAGGUCAGAGAAGGAAAUGAUUGGGAGAAAACCUUGUCAUUUCUCGACUUUGCAGCAGGGUUGGGGUUGGUGGAUAUGGAUUAUCUCGGGAAUUAACAAGGUACUUGAGUUUUGAACAGAAUUUCCCCACUUGUAAAUUUCAAAUAUAUAGCUAGGAAGAGAGAAACAAAUGAGGAAUUUCUGUUGCAUGGUUUGUUUGGAUUCUUCCUGCU